AUGGAGAGUCGGCUGCGGGCAUUUUCGUCGCCGGAAUUGGUGAAUGCUGCUGCCGCAACUAUUACCCAGAACCCUCCUUCCACCGGCAGCAAACCCCAGCAACCACCAUUGCAGGAUUAUAGCUUAGAAGGGAUCGCCGCCAACGUGAAGCUGCUGCUGAAAGUGAUACGCGAUCACAAUGAGGCGAGCGCCAGAGACUACGAUGACCGGAAAACCCAGAGGGUCGCCGGGAUGAUCACCAUCCUCGACGACAUUAAAUCCCGCCUCGAGAGAUCCCAUUCCAAUUCCAAAAAGAGGAUGGCCCAGCUCCGCCGCUGCAACACCGAUCUCCGCCCCAAUCGCGCCGCCGCCGACAAGAAGGCGCCCGAGGCCGCCGCCAUCCCCGACGACAAGGAGAAGCUCAGGAGGCAGCUGAGCUCGUGCAUUGCGGCGAGGAAGAGCCUGGAGAUGCUGUGCUCGAGCUUGGGGAAAGAGAAGGAGAUCAUGGGUUCCCAACUGGCCAGAAGAGUCAGCGAGCUUAGCGAAAUGGAGGAGCUGGUCAACCUCCUCAAAACUCAGAACGAAACCCUGACGUCCAAGCUCCAGGCCUCCGCCGCCGGAGCGACAGGGGACUGCCAGGGGGUCAACAACGCUGCGCUCCAGGAACGGAACAAGCAGCUCUCCGACCAGCUGCUAAAGUCGCUCGACAGUUACAGGACCAUGAAGAGGAAGUACAAGGGAGCUAAGGAGGAAUGCUCGGCGCUGCGGGAGGCCGUGGAGGAGGAAACGGCGGCGGGUCUGGCCAGGAUUCGGAUGUUGAAACAGAGGCUGGAUAACAGGGAGGACGAACCGGUGGAUAUUGAAGGGGAGAUUGGUGCCCUGGAAAAGAUGUUUGAGCAGUUCAAGGUGAAGAUUUCCAAAGAGGAGAAGAAGAGAGUCACGGCGAUGGCGGCGGCGGCAGAUGGUGGGAAGAGGAGAGGCGAGCAUGAUCGCCCAUCAAUAGAAAAGGUUGAAGUUGGCUGGCAGCAAUUGAGUCCAGAACCCAUAAGUUGCUCACUGCUAUGGCUCCUGCAGAGCCAGCCAACACCUUUGCAUUGGUUCGCCUCUGGGUGA